AUGAAAGUUGCCAUUGUUGCAGUCGGCGAACUCGCCCGCUACUUCGUCCAAGAGCUCCUCGCCCAAAGCCAUCAAGUUGUCACAAUCUCCCGCUCCAAAAAGGACUACCUUGAUACCCUCGGCGUCACGCAACACAUAUCCGACUACUCUACCUCCAGCCUCACGGAUAUUCUCCACGACUGUGAUGCCGUUAUCUGCACUAUCCGCGGUGGUGUUCCCAACUUUACGGCCGUCCACAGCGCCAUCCUCGAAGCGUGUCAGAAAUCUCCUACAUGCAAGCGCUUCAUUCCCUCCGCUUGGGCGGGAAACCUGGAGGAAUUUCCGGAUGAACCUCUCGAGUGGGCGGAUGAGCUACAGCCUAUGCUUCAGGCUCUUAGUUCCCAGAAGGAUGUGAGCUGGAGUGCCAUAUGCCCCGGGUGGUAUGCAGACUAUGUAUAUCCCGCGAAGCAGCGCUACUUGGGUGACAUUGGGGAGAUGUGGCCUCAGAACUACAAGGACAAGGUGUUUACGCUGUACGGAAAAGGUUCUCAGCUUAUCAAUUUUACGUCAGUGCGGGAUACUGCUCGUGCGACGAUUAUGCUUCUCGCGCAUGAUCGUCAUGAAUGGGAGAACUACACGUAUUUGUCUGGCGAGCAGCUCACGUGGAAGCAGCUGAGUGAGUUUAUUACCUCACGUGAUGGGGAGUACACCGUGAAGAGAAAGUCGCUGGCCACAAGUAUCAAGCAGUACAUUGCCAAGGAGAGCGAGAUGAGUGUUGCUGUGGCGAUCUUUGAGAUUUGGGGUCAUUCGGAGGCACUGGCAUUCCCUUGGGAAAAGGUGGAGAGGCAGAGGAACAAGUUCUUUGGGGGUAUGAAGUUUCGUACAGUUGCAGAGUUGGCUGAUGAGGCGGCUGCGGCACCAACAAGCUUUCCUUGA